AUGGGCUAUAAGAUUACAAAUAUUUAUGUCAUCACCACGGUGGCCGUCAUUGGCGGUGCGUUGUUUGGUUUUGAUAUUGCUUCCAUGUCAGCCAUCCUUGGUACCCAGCAAUACAAAUGCUUUUUCAAUCAGACUGGUACAAAGGAGGGCAACUGCGGCGGCCCGACAUCUGCAAACCAGGGUGGAAUCUCAGCUGCAAUGCCUGGUGGGUCCUGGGUUGGAGCUCUUCUUUCAGGAUUCAUUACCGACUGGCUGGGUCGCCGUGGCGCAAUUCAGUCUGGCUCGGUAAUCUGGUGCAUUGGCAGUGCCAUCGUCUGUUCCUCCUUUAGCAUAGCUCAGCUCGUCGUCGGUCGUUUCAUCAACGGCCUCUCUGUCGGUAUUCUCAGUGCUCAGGUACCGGUUUACGUCGCUGAGCUGGCUCAGCCUAGUAAGCGUGGUAAGGUGGUAGGCGCGCAGCAGUGGGCGAUCACCUGGGGCAUCUUGAUCAUGUUUUACGUAUCCUAUGGCUGCAGCUUCAUUGAGGGUCCUGCCGCUUGGCGAACCCCAUGGGGCCUGCAGAUAAUUCCCGCGGCUCUCCUAUUUUUCAUGGUAUUUCUCUUGCCAGAAAGCCCCCGUUGGUUAGCGAAGAAGGAUCGUUGGGAGGAGGCCCACGAAGUUCUUGCUGGGGUCCACGCUAAAGGAGACCGCAAUGCCUCGUUUGUCCAUACCGAGCUACAGGAAAUUCGUGAAAUGGUCGAAUUUGAGCGUCAAAACAAGGAUGCAUCAUACCUGGAUCUUUUCAAGGGAAACAUGAUCUAUCGGACCCACCUCGGUAUGUUCACGCAGAUUUGGUCACAGUUGACCGGCAUGAACGUGAUGAUGCUCUACAUUACCUACGUAUUCGGCAUGGCUGGCCUCACGGGAAAUAACAAUCUCGUCGCGUCCUCGAUCCAGUACGUGAUCAAUGUCGUAAUGACCAUUCUGGCGUUGGUUUUCAUUGACCGUUGGGGCCGCCGCACGCCACUCCUGGUCGGCUCUACCCUUAUGAUGAUCUGGAUGUUUGCCAACGCUGGAAUUAUGGCAUCUUAUGGUAAGCCGGCUCCACCUGGCGGCCUCCACAACGUCGCAGAGCAGUCAUGGGACCUCAGUGGUUCACCCAAAGCUGCAAAGGCAGUCAUUGCCUGUACCUACCUUUUUGUCGCCAGCUAUGCGCCAACUUGGGGUCCUGUCAGCUGGAUUUACCCCCCUGAACUAUACCCUCUGCGCCUCCGUGGCAAGGCUGUGGCAUUGGCGACAUCUUCAAACUGGAUCUUCAACUUUGCUCUUUCCUAUUUUGUUCCCCCUGCCUUCGAGAACAUCCAAUGGAAGGUGUAUCUAGUCUUUGGUGUCUUUUGCUUUGCUAUGACGGUCCACGUCUUCUUUGCAUUCCCGGAAACCGCCGGAAAGACACUUGAAGAUGUCGAAACCAUGUUCACAACACCUGGCCUCAAGCCCUGGAAGACCACCGUGCAAUUCCACCAUGUUAGGCGACUGGAACAAGGAGCUACUCAUUCAGAGAAACUCGCUGAUCUCCAAGCCGAAGAAGGCAAUGCUCAGGUGCCUAAGUCGGUAGCAAAAGAGACUUCAUUCUCCCAGGCUGAAUAG